UCAAACUAUGGAGCAGUCUACGGUCAUAAUUUUUGGUGUUAAUAGUCCAGGAUAUCAGAACAUCUUCAAUCACAAGUCUGUGACAACUGUGCAAGAAGAAAUCCUUGAUCCUUCACACCAGGCCUCAACCCUCUUUGACUCCUUUAUUAAUCUUUGUGCAUUAUCUAGCUUCUGUAUUAUCCAACCAUAACUCCUAUUACCUAAACUAAUUUUGUUGGUGCAGAAAAACACCCAUAAUGUGCAUAAAGAUUAGAAAAAGAUGGAAAAUCAGAUUAUUCCCAUUCUAGUGCUCAAAUAGGAACCUUUAUUCCCUUUCUGUCAACCCUUGUGACUAUAUGGGAAAUAGCUAGGUCAUCUGUGUGCCAGAGUUGAAAUUUCUAGUGAAUUUUUUUUCUGAUUUGCAAAUAAAUAAAUGCAUUGAAAAAAUAAUUUAAAAUGAGUAGCAAAUUUAAGACUUGUCUACACUAGGAAAAUAAGGAGCUGCAGUUUACCAGUGGUGCAGAUUCACUGGUAGAAGGAGUAGAAGUUCUAGUGUAGGUAGAACACAAAUAUAUUUAUUACAAUUCCAUCUCUGAGUAAGAUUAGACAAAACAGUUGUAAAUGUAAAUUCCUGAGGUACAGCCUGCAUAAUUGCUACUAAGAGUGGAGAGUUACGAGGUACCAGAUUUCCUGUUUUGGGCACAACCUUAUAGCCUUAAUUAGUUUAUAGGAUUCUUUUUUGUGCAAUCUUAAAUGCACUAAAAGUUGGGUCGUCUCAUCAAGUUCUCAAAAAAACUAAUUAAGGGUACCUCUGUCACCAGAUAGUUGUUUCUUUUGAUAGUUCACUUCACUCCAGACAGUUCAGAGUGAGAUCAUAACAGAAGUAUACAACAUUCAUCCUGAUUUGAGAAUGCUGUAGGCUCUUGUCUGAAGAGAGAGAGUCUUAUUUUGUCUGUAUUGAUCUUUAACCAAUAGAAAAUAUGCCACUGACAGCAUAUAUUUCUCCAAUAAACCACAAAUAUCUGGGGCUUUGAGGAACAGUUUCUCUUUUGAAAACUGCCUAGGCCCUUGGAUGUAUUUCAUGGUUUGAAAUUAUCCUAAUUAGAUAUAAAAACAAUGAGGAGUCCAGUGGCACCUUAAAGACUAACAGAUUUAUUUGGGCUUAAGCUUUCGUGGUUAAAAAAACCCACUUCUUCAGGUGCACCAUGCAUCUGAAGAAGCUGAUUUUUUACCCACGAAAGCUUAAGCCCAAAUAAAUCUGUUAGUCUUUAAGGUGCCACCAGACUCCUUGUUUUUGUGGAUACAGACUGACAUGGCUACCUCUCUGAUAACAGUUUAGAUAUAGUUAGAAAAAUUAAAGAUUCACUUGAAAUGUGAAACUUGCCUUAUUUUCAGUAUUGUUAAAGAGUGUUCUAGAUUUUACUAGUGUAGGUUUCAGACAGGCCAAAUCAAAGUUAUAGCCCUCGUUUUACAGAAUAAGCUCUUUCAGAUUAACAAAGCUGCCAGUAUUCAAGGCUCUGAAAAAUAAGACAUCAUACUGAAUGACCUAGCUCUUAGACCUGUCCACCACUCUACUUUUGAAAAUAGGUAGCCUGUUAGAACCUCAGAGGACCAGGUCCUGAGAGCCUUAACUCCAGAGUUGAGGGUGCUCAAUAGCUUUUUGUGUUUAGGACCUUGGUAUUCCUCCUGGGAAAGGAACAGUGCUGACCACAUAUCAGUCCAAAUAAUAUUCAAAUAUCAGUCUUUGGAAAUCCUUUCUCCAUGCUUGAUCAUCUUAAUCUGUUUUCUUCAUGUAAAAAGUAAUUAAAAUGUUUGGUUAUUUUCUUAGUAUCUCAAAAAACUUAACGGCCAUUAGUUGCAGAAAAAUUCUCAGAUAUAAAGCCUGUAGUUUCCUUGUUCCUUUAAAAAAUCUGAAGUUGUCUGGUCUUGCAUUUAACAUGCCUGCAUUUCCAUAUCAAACUAAAAGAGCCUUAAACAGUGUCUAAAUUUAAUUCCACUUCAAGGCGAGUCACUGCUGCUGGACAUUACAAUCCUUGUUUCCUUCAAAUUUUAACUGAAAUGAAUUAAUAGUGCCUUGGUACACCAAAAAUGGAUAUAAACAUCUUUAUUUAAACAUAAGGAAAAUUAAAAAUUUGGAUGUUUGCUUUAAAAAGUCUUUUUUUCAAUUACAGUGGAAACAUUACAUUGUUUUCUUAUAUAGUGCGGGGGGAGUUUUUGUAUCCAUUUUUGGUGUCCCAGAUCUUGACCAAUAUUUUCUUAUGUGAGGCAGAUGUCUGUUGUCUAAGUGGAACAUAUUCCUGUGGAUCAUUGAAUUGUAAAACAGAAAUUCAUAUUAUGUAUACUCCCAUCAGGUCUGUGCCCUAGGAUUGACAGUAAAGAACAAUAAUUUUCAGGAUUUUAACUUCCCUUCAAUCUCUGUCUGACUCUGAGUAUGCUCAUGAAUAUUUUGGUUGUGGUUGGGAUGAGGCUCUGAAAAGUGAUUACCUCCAAGCCUAACCAACUUUCUCCUGAAAUCUUCAUUUUGCCAGAACGUAGAUCUGAAAAUACUCAUAGUAAACUUUCAGAAACUUGUAGCUUUAUGAUUGGAACCGAACACAUCAAUGAGUGCUACUUGCCAGCAUGUUUUAGGCAAAAUAAGUGUUCAUGAACUAAGUAUACACAAACAAUAGUGAAAAGAUUGCUUUUCCGACUCACAAACCAGAUAACUGGAUUAUUUGCAACAGGAAAACAGUCAUGUCAAAUAAAGUUGGAAUCUCAGAGAAAUUAGGUAGUUGGAAGUAAUUUUUUUUCUCCUAAAACUUCUGGACCUAAUUCUCCUCUUAAACCAAUUUCACGCCUGUAUAACUCCAUUUAUACUGAUAUAAGAGUGAUCAGAACCAAGACAACCCUAUUGACUAACUUCCUACUCUAGGGUCUCAAUUUUCUAGUAUUAGACAAGCUUUCAGGUUUUUUGGUCUUUUGAGGUUCCUGUAGUUUCUUAGACCAACUGCCAGUGUCUCAUAGCCAUCUGGAAUGUUUACCUUCAGUUUCCUAGUGAAUGGGAACCAAAGAAUUUCCAAACCUCUCAGCAUAAUUUGUGAUAGAAAUAUGUUCUUGCAAAGUAGGUGAGUCAUCAAAUAGCUUCAGCAUCGCAACUGUGAUUGGAAGGCAGGUAUGUGAAUAGGAAUCUGGUUGAGGGGGCCACUUAGGGAUCGGGGGCAAAAUGAGUACUUGAUCCUGGUAGUGAAGGUAGGGGGCUGGACUUGAUGACCUUUCGGGGUCCCUUCGAGUUCUAUGAGAUAGGUAUAUCUCCAUAUUUCUUUCUUCUUCCUUUCUGGUUCCUUGGGAUCUUUUGACAAAAGGGAGUUGGUAGAACUCGGGUCUUUCUGGUUAGAGCAGAUUAGGGUUCGCAAAUCAUUAUAUUUAUCUUCUAAAGCACUUGCCUUAAAACCAUUUGAGCUGAUGGUCAGCUUUGCACUGUAUUACUUUAAAAUUAAUGUUGUCUUCUAUUUAAUUAGUACAGAUUCCCUGAUCAAGGUGCUCAGCAUUAAAGAACCCAUCUGCACUUAUAAGGGUAUUCUUGUGACCAGUAUAGAUUUAAUUCAUUGAAAAUUUAACUCCAUUUUUGUUUUCUAGACUCUUAAAAAACAAAAUAGAAAAAAGCUUAGAAGGGAAGGGAAAGAUGGCUUCAGACAUGAGAACUCUGAAAUUUCAUAUCAGUUGAAUAAUGGUCCUUAGAGUUAGCCUGUCUCAGUGUUAAGGCAAGGGGUUAUUUAAAAAAAAUUAAAAUAAAACCAAAAAAGAACCACUACAUGCGUUCAUGUAUUAAGUCUCUGUAGCUUAGGGAGAGAUUGUUUUCUACAUUCUUCAAAAAUAAUUUGACUUGAGUAUUGCACCAGAUGGGCGGAGAAUGGAGGACUUCACAAUAUACCAAAAUACUUGCAAAAUCAUAACCUUGUUAGAUACCCAUGGUCUUUGUAGACAUUAGAAAAUUGAUGUUAUUAACUUUAACUAAAGUUAUCUCUGCACACAAAAUACAAAAGCAGAUCUAUGAGAAGAUCAAAUGAGAUGAUGUACAUUUUUAGCAGUCUACAUUUCAGGUGUUGAAAAGUUUUCUCAAAUGUCCACUGACUUGGGUGAGUAAAUGUACAAAGUUUUGCAAUGUAGUGGAAAAACAUAGCAUGUCCAUGAAAAUGAUGGCCAAAUGAGCCGUGGUUUGAAUCUGAUGAGCCUGUGCCCCAUAAAUCUACAGAAGAAUAAAGCAAAAUGUAACAAUUUGCUGACAUGAGUCAUACAUAGUUUAUUCUAUCAGAUUUUUAAUGGCUUGAGGUUUAAGUAGUGGAUUUAGCUGAGUUCAUUGUCAAAAUUUUUGAACAUUUUCUUUAUGCUUUGGUAGCUUAUGCUAGUUCAGUAUUUGAGACAUUGCCUAUUGCCAGGAUGGAUUCCUUGAUGCCAGUGCAGAGUUAACUUUUUCUCAUCUGAGCAUAUUAUCUUUUUAAGUCUUGUGUUCAUCAGUCUUGAGAGCCUUCUUUUACUUUCCUAUGACUUUUUCUCUAAACUGUAUUCCUAAGGAGGAUUUCUUUGUCUGUGUGGAGUUAUGGGUGGGAAUUCAUGUUGAGGUUGUGAUCUCCUGGACUAUUAUGCCACACUUGCUCAGUUUCGAAGAUCUAACCAUGUUUAAGGCUGGAGUAAUGGAUGUAAAGCUUAAAAUGAAAAUAAUUUAUCAGGUUUAUGGUAGGCUGUGGUAGGUGUGAUGAUUGGUUUCAUGGUGACUGUGUUGGGCUGAGUCUUUCUCAAGCACAACGAAUGGGAGAAGAAGAUAAAGAAUAUGUGUGUGUGAAAUGUUGUGCUGAAGAAGAUAAAAAAACAGAAUCUUGUGAUCAAAAUAUACUGGACACUCAACUGAAACUUGAAGCAUAUAGAGAAGAUAGAACAAUGGAAUGUGAAAAACCUGGGAUGUCAAAGCAAACUCCCACUGGUAAUCCCAGUGUAACAAAUGAGAAAGCUAAGCAGACAGAUGAUACAGUCAAGCACAAAGUCAAAAUUUUUAGACGGGAAUCAGGUGAUGUGAGGAAUUUGUCAGAAUGCAGAGAUUCUGAUAGUAAAAAAGGGCAAGUUCCUAUUCGGAAGAUGGGACAAGCAGUUAUACUUCCUCGUCGAUGCCCUGAAGAGAAAAGUGAAAAAAUAAAUAAAGAUUCUCUUAGUGUUUCUUGCUCAAGUGAAAAGACUGCAAAAUCAGGUGUUCACGAGAAACAAGAAUUCAAGAAAAAGAAAACUGAGAAAGGGGGAUCAACUGGUAAUAUACCUCCACCAGCUGUGCCAGCUUCUAAACCUUCUGCUGAUCAGAUAAGACAAAGUGUCAGACAAUCUCUUAAAGAAAUUCUGAUGAAAAGACUUGCAGACUCCAGUUUGAAGAUUCCUGAGGAAAGAGCAGCAAAAGUUGCCACAAGGAUUGAAAAAGAACUGUUUUCUUUUUUUCGGGACACAGAUUCUAAAUAUAAGAACAAAUACAGAAGUUUGAUGUUCAAUCUAAAGGAUCCCAAAAAUAAUAUAUUAUUUAAGAGAGUACUGAAAGGAGAGGUUACCCCUGAUCAUCUCAUAAGAAUGAGCCCAGAAGAGCUGGCUUCUAAAGAGCUAGCUGCUUGGAGACAAAGAGAAAAUAGACACACAAUUGAAAUGAUUGAGAAAGAACAGAGGGAAGUCGAAAGGCGACCAAUAACAAAAAUUACUCACAAAGGAGAAAUAGAAAUUGAGAGUGAUGCUCCAAUAAAAGAACAAGAAGUAGCUAUGGAAAUUCAGGAACCUACUAUGAUAAAGCUAGUGGAGAAGACAGAAGAGAUUGAAAAAGAAAAAGAAGUAGAUGAAUCUUCAUUUCCAGAUACAACAAGUCAACACAAAAAUCAUCUCUUUGAUCUUAACUGUAAAAUCUGCAUAGGUCGAAUGGCACCACCUACUGAUGACCUUUCUGCAAAAAAUGUGAAAGUGUCUGUAGGAGUUGCACGUAAACAGUCAGACAAUGAAGCAGAAAACAUAGCAGAUGCACUUUCUGCAACGUCAAAUAUUUUAGCCUCAGAAUUAUUAGAAGAUGAUAAACAAGAAUUGUCAAAGCCAGCAUUCUCAUCUGUCCCAAGAUCAGAGACACCUGGUACUGUUGAAAGUGAAACUCUGUUCCUGGCUCGACUGAACUUCAUCUGGAAAGGUUUUAUCAAUAUGCCCUCUGUAGCAAAGUUUGUUAUCAAGGCCUACCCAGUCUCUGGCUCCUUUGACUAUUUAACUGAGGACUUGCCAGAUAGUAUCCAAGUAGGUGGCAGGAUAUCACCUCACACUGUUUGGGAAUAUGUGGAAAAAAUAAAAGCUUCAGGGACCAAGGAAAUUUGUGUAGUUCGCUUCACCCCGGUAACUGAAGAGGAUCAGAUUUCCUAUGCUUUGCUGUUUGCGUACUUCAGCAGCAGGAAGCGUUAUGGUGUAGCUGCCAAUAACAUGAAGCAAGUGAAGGAUUUGUAUCUUAUCCCUUUAGGUGCCUCAGACAAAAUUCCACAUCAUCUUGUACCUUUUGAUGGACCUGGGAUUGAAAUACAUCGACCGAAUCUGUUGCUGGGUUUGAUAAUUCGCCAAAAAAUGAAGAGACAGAUUAGUGCUAGCACUAGCCUUGUGGAUGAAAUCCCUGAAAAUGCCCCGAGUAACUUGCCGCCAGAAAAAAAAAGCAAACUGAGCAAACCUGAAGUCUCUAGUACUGAAGUAGUAGUAGAAGAAGAGGAGGAAGAAAAUGAUUUUUUUAAUUCCUUCACAACUGUGUUACAUAAGCAGAGAAAUAAGCCUCAACAAUCUAAUACAGAAGAAAUGCCAGCAGUUAUUGAACCUGUAGUAGAAAGCAUCAAACAUGAGCCACCAAAGCCACUGAGAUUUCUUCCUGGAGUUCUCGUUGGAUGGGAAAAUCAGUCUUCUACUCUUGAACUAGCAAAUAAACCACUGCCUGUAGAUGAUAUUCUUCAAAGUCUUUUGGGUACUACUGGACAGAUAUAUGAACACCAUCAGUCAGUGGUGGACCAGUGUGCUAGUCAAGAAAUACCUUUAUUUGCUGAACAGACAAGCUUAGAAGAAGAAAAAAUGAAUGUUGCUGAAGAAACUGCUGAUGAAGUUAUAGAAACUAAGACUAAACUAGAUGAUUUACAAGAAUCCGCUGAUGUUACAGUAACAAUGGACACACCAGUUGCAGAGACCUCAUGUUCUGCGGGAACUGUAGGAACUCUGAUAAGUUUAAGUCUUAAGGGAAAACCACCAGAUGUUUCUACAGAAGCAUUUUUAGCAAACUUAUCUGUUCAGUCACAGAGCAAGGAAACUGAGGAGUGUAAAGAAAAUGAUCCAAAGUGGCAGCUGUAUGACACAGAGAAUGUUUUGCAAGAAAGCAAAAGGACCACAAAUUCUAGUUUCUCCUCUUCCUCAUCAAAUGCAGGUAAAGGAAGUGGUGAUAACAGUGUUAACAUAGGUUCUUCUGAAAGUAUGAUUGCUAAUACUUCCAAAUCUCCACAGUUUAUUAAUCUUAAAAGGGACCCAAGACAAGCAGCUGGACGAAGCCAACAGAUUAAUGCUUCAGAAAAUAAGGAGGGGGAUACUAACAGAGAUGAAGAAAGACAAAAUAUACAGUCAGACAUCGCUGGAAGUGAGCAAAUGGAGAUAGAGAAUAAACAGUCAGGAGAAAAGGGCUUAAACGUGUUUCAGAGUGGUAGUCAGACAUCUGAGAUGCAGUGUACCUCUGCUCCAACUAAAACAGAUAAUGUAUGUGCUUCACAAACGGAAGAGACAAAACACUUACAGGAAGAUACACCGAUGAAAAAUAUUGAAACAGUACACUCAUUUAGAAGAGGACCAGCAACAACCUCAUCUCAUUUUGAAAAAGAAAAUUCUUCUCAUUCUGAAUUCACUUCCAAAGUCCCCAGUCCAGUUAUGAGUGGAAACUUCCCACCAGUUAGACCUCAGCAGCACAAUUUUCAGCAUCUUAAAUCUAAUCUACCAGGAUUUCAGUUUCAAACACUUUCACCUCCUAACUUCCCCCCCCAGAACAGCCCCAUGUUUGGAUUUCCUCCUCAUCUGCCACCUCCACUUCUUCCUCCUCCAGGUUUUGGUUUCGCUCAGAAUCCUAUGAUGCCAUGGCCACCUGUUGUUCAUUUGUCAGGUCAGCCACCACAUUAUGUUGGACCCAUUGUGCAAGGGCCAUUGCUGGCUCAUAAACAAUCAAGAUUUCCAGGGCCAGAAAACUUUUAUCAGAGUAAAGACAAUAAGAGACCAGAAAGACGUCAUAGUGACCCUUGGGGCAGACAAGAACAACAUUUAGAGAGAGGGUUCAGUAGGGGAAAAAGUGAUCAGCAUAGACAAAGGUUUUAUAGUGAAUCCCACCACCUAAAGAAAGACAGACAUGAAAAAGAGUGGAACAGUGAAAAAUACUGGGAACAGGAUUCUGAAAGGAAUAGACGGAAAGACAGAAACCAGGAAAAAGAGAGAGAGAAAAAAAGCAGAGAGGAAGGACAUAGAGACAAAGAGAGGUUACGACUGUCACACAGUGAUAGGGGAUCUGAUGGAAAAUCCUCCAGGGAGAGUAGAAAUCCAGAAAAAAAGAUAGAUAAACCUAAAAGUGAAGAACAUUCUCAUGAAAAGGAUAAAGAGAGGGAGAAAAGCAGGGAGAGACAUAGAGAACGAGAAAGUGAAAAGAACAGAGACAGACAUCACAAAGACAGGGACCACAAUGACAGAGCUAAAAGCAAAAGGUAAAAAGAGCAGGCAGUCUUUCAAAAUCCUAUUUAAAUAAUUGUUAGUUGUGUCCUAAAGUUUUGUAAAAAUGCCUGCUAGGAUUGUGCCAUCUUUUUUUAUUCAUUGUUGGUGUUUUGCAAAAACAAGUCUGUGUUUUGGUACAAAGCUGUGUACCAAUACUCAUCUUAUUUUACAUUAUACCAACUAUCCCUAGAAAUAGGAGUUUAAUAUUUUUCAGAAUUUUACAUUGCUGUAUAUUCAAAAUUUUAAAGAUUUCUUUUAUUAAUAUGCAAUAAAGGCUUAGAAAUUUCUUAGUUGAUGAAGUUGGCUUUAGUCAAGUAUGCAUUAUAGUUGCUGCCUUUGGUAAUUUGUGCUCUCUUCUGUUUUAAGAUGCUCCAGUAAAUUUAAAAAUGAAUUUCAAAUAAUAGCCUUGUUUUUAAAUUGCACUGUUUUUGAGGACUGUAGCAGAGUCUUAGUAACCCUUAUACAUUACAACACAAAAUACAACAUAUGUUGAGUGGUGUGAAGUUUUUUUAAUGAUUCAGUAAUACAAUAAAAGAAUUGAGCAGUAUCUCCAGUAGUUAUCAAGUAUUUCUCAAGCAUCUGAAGCAGUCUGUGACCAGAAAUUAGAAGGCUGAGCUGUCCAAAUGUUAUUGCUUUAAACUGCACUUGUUUUAAUAAGAACAUUUUUUAAACUAUAUUCUUUAAACUAUGAUUUGUUACUAGUCAGUUAAUUUUCCCAUAAUUUUUCAUGCUUCAAAAACUUGAAUACCUAAGCUUGUACAUUAUCUUGUGUUUUGCUAUCCUUUUUACUGUAAAAUGUAAAUAUUUUAAGGGAUAUUUUGAUUCUAAAAAUGAUAAAACUUUCUCACAUACUUUGUGUGUUUGAUUUCAUAGGUAUGAAGCAGUAGACUAAAACAAUAUAACAAACAAGAUGUAGAAUGACUCUUGUAGCUUUGUUUUACACUUCAUAACUAGUGAUUUUUUUUGACCAUGUCAGGGCUUUUAAUAAACAGAGCAGUUCAGAUUUUAUGGUGA